AUGCGAUACCUUAGCGCGGAAAAACGACAUCAAAUAGUGGGCUCGUAUUAUGCUCCCGAGGGCUACUAUGAGUACACCAAAACCCUACCGUUCCUGGGAACUGUGACAAGUGAUGUGAGGACACUUGUGGCUGGAGAGUGGACGGAGAUAAAUAUCGUCUACGAGGUUGGUGCAUCGGGUCUGGCUGAUGGGGCUUGGAUUAAGGGGACGUUUAAAUUCUACUCGGACUGGACUCUCUUCCAAACAUCUGAUCGAACGAAAGAUAACUAUGUCAGCGCGGAAUACGUGCCCAAGCCCCUACUACCUGGUCAGGAACCAGCGACUGUGCAGUCUUUAGGUGUCCGCUUUGAUCAAAAGGGGCAUGAGAGACCAUUUCAGAAAGCGGUGAUAAUUGACAUUCACGAUGGUUAUCUCAAUGCCGGGGACCAAAUUAUUAUCCGUCUUGGUGAUCGCAGAUUUGGCGCGAGAGGCACUCGCGCGCAGACGUUUGUUGAAUCAGGAUUUCGUUGGCGGUUUUAUAUUGAUCCUGUUGGGACAUCACGUUUUGCCCCAAUUACACCGGACUUAUCUUGGGAUAUCAUUCCAGGAGCGCCUGCAAAGGUGAAAGCGAUAUCACCGCGGCUUGUCAAAAGCGGUACCCCGUUUGCGAUCCAUGUCCAUUCCGAGGAUAUCUGGGGAAAUGUCACUCGUGAUGUCCCGGAUCUAAACUGGAAACUGAAAAUUGAAAAACAAGGGAACAAUGACAGCAAUCCACCAGUGGUUGUGCACAAAGCUGCAGCUACUGCUGACGGGUGGACGAACAACAUUUUCUCGGAUGUCAUCAUCGACAAAGAAGGGGACUAUUUGAUCAAUGUCGAGCUUAGGUCAGCCACAGACACCAUUGCAUCGCAGCAAACGCACCUCACGGUGCUAUCCAAUCUUUCUAUCCCCAAAAUUCUUUUCGGAGAUCUCCACGUCCACUCCGAUGACACAGUUGGCACGGGAUCCUCAGUCUAUAACUUCUCCUACGGACGUGAAAUCGCCGGUCUAGACGUCCUGGGCUACACAGCGAACGACUUCCAAAUCACUGAAGAGCGCUGGGAAUCCACACUAAAGCUCAUUCAAUCAUUCAACCAACCAGGCCAAUUUGUAAUCUUCCCGGGAACAGAAUGGUGCGGGAACUCCGCCGCUGGAGGUGACCACAACGUCGUCUUUCUGGCAGAUCCAGCAACUCAUCCACCUGAAUUCCCUUUUGAUAGCCAUGGAAAUGUAGCGAGGUCUUUUGAAUGGUCCGAGGAUGGUCCCAAGGAUCUUGUUCCUGGCGCUUGGCCACUUGAUGAAGUGUACGCGACGUAUGCACAUACAGCGGAUAGCCAUCUUCUGAUCCCGCAUGUUGGUGGACGGCGGUGUAAUUUGGCCUGGCAUCAUCCACAACUUGAACGACUGGUAGAAAUCGGGAGUGCAUGGGGUCAAUUUGAAUGGCUGCUUCAAGACGCCGUCCGACGGGGCUGGAAAUUGGGUGUUUGUGCUAAUUCCGACGAGCACCGUGGACGAUGCGGUGGGGGUGUUCCUGGAUCCGCUGUGUUUGGUACCCGGGGAGGACUCACGGGGAUCUUGUCUUCGAAGCUCGAGAGAGCAGACAUUGCGCGGGCUUUGCGGGCGAGGCAUACCUUUGCAACUACGGGUCAGCGUCUCGUUGGCUUGAUCUCGACCAAGAAUGGCACUGCGAUUCAGGGAGAUGAGAUUGACCAUUCUGCCAACGAGCCCUUAAAAUUUGACUACCAUUUCCUGGGUGACAGAGGCUUCUGUUCAAUUGAGGCCUUUGAUGCUUCAGGUAAGAUAUGGGAACGCCGACUCUGGUCUGAAACCGAGAAGACACCCACGAUCCUCAGGAUAACUUGGGGCGGAGCCAGAUUAUACGACCGCUAUCGCGAAGCCAUCUGGACUGGCACGAUCGAAACGCAAAGCGCCAUCACCAGAGUCGAACCAUUUGGAGGCUUGGAAGACAACCCUGAAGACCAAGUGGUGCAGAGAGAUGCUCAAUCUAUUGCAUUUCACAGCCAUACUAGCGGAGACGUGGAUGGCGUGCACGUAUACUUCGAUCCAGCCUCAACCCUACCAUCCCAAAUCUCGAUCAAAGGUACUAUCGGCGGAUAUGUAAAGGUUGGCGACGCGCUAACCGGAAAUCCACAUAAACCACAGCCAAGCUUCCAGCUUGAUGCUUCUUGGGACGAGGUCGUUUCGUCUGGUGGAAAGUCGAUUGAAAUCUCUGGUGGAUGUGAAUUAUUCAUUCGUAUGGAAGCUAUUCCAGAAGUCUCUUUGUCGCGUAGGGCUCAAGGAAGCGUUUCUUUCACUACAGAGCGCGGCGAGGAGCGUGCAAUCUAUUUCGUUGGACAGGAAUGGAGUGGAGAGAAGGUUGUGACGAGCCCUGUCUUUGUUAGGGCUACUUGA